GCAUGGGUGAGGGGGAGUGUUGAGAAAACUUCGUUAGGAGUUAGGAGUACUAUAUUCUCCAUCAUCCACUUCCCUCAGUGCUCCCGGUGUUCUAUUCUCUCUCUCGUUACACUGCAAUAAAACGCUAAAAACUAUGGUGUAUCUCGCCGGGUACCGCACGGUCAUAGGAUUCCAUCACCGGAGCCCAAUUUCUUCGAUAUCGAUAACACAAAACGGCGCCACUAUAACGCCCUACAACGUCGUAUUUCUGUGUCGUUGUUGCAGAUACCAUCGGUUCAGUAGUGCAUCUGAAUCUUCUUGGGAAGAAUUCGCCGUGGAGAACGCGUACGAGCUGCUAGGAGUGUCGGAGACCAGCUCCUUCGCUGAGAUCAAAGCGUCGUUUCACAAAUUAGCGAAAGAGACUCACCCGGACCUUGCCGAGUCAAGGAAGGAUUCCGCUGAGUCUCGCCGAUUCGUGCAAAUCCUGGCUGCAUAUGAGAUUCUUUCAGAUUCUCGGAAGAGAACCCAUUAUGACAUGUAUUUGUUGUCCCAGAGAAGGCUCAUCAGGCAUUCCCAACAGGGUUCAAAAUUGCACAUUUACAAAUCCCAUGCUAAUACUUUCAAGGAGAUGGAAGUUGUUGAAUGGUUGAAGUGGUACAGAUUAACUAUAAAUGAUAUUUUGUCAGAGAAGAAGGUGGCUGUUGGAACAGGCUACUUUGAUGUGCUUGAGAGAGAUUUCUAUUCAGCUAUUCAUGCAGCAUAUUAUGGUCCUGAAAUUGAUUCUAUGCCUAUGGAGCUUUUUCCUGACUGCUUUGAGGCUGAGGAAAGGUCCUCUCAUGAAACUCCUGAGGUUUUGCACUUGGUUUCCGGUCGGGAUCUUUUCGGUAUGGUUUGCCUAGCUGAGAAGAUUCCGGAGAUAUCAUCUACGAAAAAUGAGAAGUUAAUUUCUUUCAGAUCCUUAGAUUCUGACCUGUGCCAAUCUACGAUGAAGAAAUUUCACAUCAAUGCAGAAAGGCAAGAGGAUUUUGGGACACAUCGAAUUCAAACUUCUAACAUUUCAAAUAGUGUAUCGGAUGCAUAUAGAGAUCUAGAAUUGCAUGUCUCCGGCAGAGUGAUUGCUACAGCAACCCGGGACCUACCUAGAUGUUAUUCUGGUGGGUUGCAGAAAGAUGUUGAAGAUCACAUUCACGUUUUCCUUAAUUCGGAUGAAGAUCCAAAAUAUAUCAGUGGCGACUUUCCAGAACAUUACUUGGCCAAUGGUGCAGUUGGAAGCAGAAUUCAUUUGGGAACCAUAUCUGGAAUUGGGAGCACUCCAGAUGAAGGUUGUUGUUAUGUCUACAACAGCAAUGGUGACAAGACCCAUGCAAUCAUGAAACAUAGAACAUUGCUGGUGAAGCAUAUGCACUGGUAUGAAAUCGGUGACAGAGUUUCACUUUGUGAGUGUAGAUGCACUAGGGCACGUUUACCACCAAGCAAGUUUUGGCUAUUUGAACCUCGCUCUGGCUUCCAUGACAUAGGGGGUUGGUAUGUUGAAACAUAUGGUAAAGAUAAGAAGGGUCAUACAAUACCAUCACAAAGGUUGUGGGAUGGCUUGGACAAUGGCGAGCAAGCUGACAGAAGACUUCAUCCAGCUAUGUAUUUGUUUGCUCUUGCAUAUCGGACACUCGAUAUUGAAUAUGCCAAAGCAAACAAGAAGACCUUCAGGCAUGUUGUUGGAGCACAAAUGUUCAAAAUUCUUCAUUGGUGUAGGAAACUUGUUUAAUAUGGUAUAUUGGGCCUAUCGCACAAUCAAUCAUUUUAUUACACUCUAUUGAUACACCAAUUUGGGACAAAGCAACAGAGCUUCACUGAUCUCUAGUUCGUGAAAUCAUUGGAUCAAGGACUGGUUGAUGGGUGCUCUUUCAAUAUUUGAGGAAUUCAUAUCAUGCUUGAGCCAUUUUGCUUGACAUUGAACGUGAAAAACAUGUCAUCUGUUUUUCUUUUUCCUCAAAAAUGAGCUGCAAUCGGAAUCUUUGCAAAUGAAUAUCACUCAAUGUUUCUAGUUGGUUAGAUCAGUAUAAUGGAAAUUGGAAGCAAAUAGUUUUGCUUUGCAAUGAAUUUGUCCCCUGCACUGGAAUCAAUUGUCAUAGAGCAGCACUCUCCUCAGAUCGACUUAGCUACCAUAACUCACGGCAUAUCAAGAACAAUCUUCUCAUGCUUGCAGAAUUGUCCAAAUAUUCACAAUUCAUGCAGGGCUUGUACUUGUGUAUCUGUAUAUUUUCAAGUAUGUUUUCUGGUUCACAUUUUUUAUUCUUAAAUUAAUAUUCAUUAUAUGCAAUUAGAAAUAUGACAUGUAAUUUCAUAUGAGAUCACAUUAUACCUCGGUAUGAUUUAAUAUUUCUUCAAUAUA